AUGAUCGAUUUCGUUGUUCUGGCUGCGGCCCUGCUGUCGACAGCGUCCCUUGCAUCCCCCACGGCGGACAGGAACGCCCGAGACACAGAUGGAUGUGCGCAGAUGAACCAAUGGAGCAAGGCCAAUCCGAACAAGGAUGUUCCCCCGACCCUUGCAUACGGUUGUCUCAAGGCGGUGCCGGUGGAUGUUGAUGGCGAUGCCCAGCUGGUGUCGGAAAUGUCCAACAUCGUGAGAUGGCAGUCCACCAUCGCGUAUCUGAAGAACCCACCACAGGGGUAUCCCGCACCGCCCCUGGACCUCCUCGGGGGUUUGAAUGAUAUCAAGAAUAAAAUCUCCAGCAACGGCUACCAGAGUGAGUACGAUGUGCAGAUGGAUAUCGUCAAUUUGUUUAAUCUUGCAUAUGAUGGCCAUCUUGGAUACACACCCGACAUCGCAACUACUAUCGGCUUUGGUAGGGUCCCAGAGGAUUCUAACCUUGUGUCGGUUUCCUCGGACGGAAAGUCACCACCCAAGGUUUAUUUGAAGACGGAUAUCGACAAACAGCACAACGAUGGCAGCUUCAUCCCUUCAGCAAUCCAAUCAAUCAGCAACCAGCCCGUCAGUGAUUAUCUCAAGUGGCUCUCCGACACUGACGGCUCAAGCCCGGACCCUGACACACGGUACCAAAACCUGUUCUACAAUCCCGCCGGUGCAUCUCAGUCUCAGAACAACGGCACUUACUUCACCGCAUCCGGCAUCUACGAAGGUGAUUCGAUAACCCUCACUCACGAAGACAAAACAACAACGCAACUCCAGAACGUAGCCAACAUCCAAGUCGACCUCUCCAACAUCAACAGCGGCUCCACCUUCUUCAACACCUUCCUAACCGGCAAGCAAUCCUCCAGCUCCUCCAAGCCCCGUUCUUCAUCUUCAAAGCCUCACCCACCCUACGGCUACCCCGCCCCGGUCUGGUACACCAGCGACAACACGCUCGCCGGCUACUUCCUCACGGACGCCAACUACAAAGACGUCGCCGUCAUCUCCAACCCGGACUUCCAACCCAACGACGACGACGAAUUCCGCAACACCGUCUCCUCCUUCCUCGCCGAUGCCGUCACCGCAAAGAAAACGCACCUAAUAAUCGACCUCCGCCACAACAGCGGCGGCAGCGUCGAGCUGGGCUACGACCUCUUCAAGCAGCUCUUCCCGCAACUCGAACCCUACGGCGGCACGCGGCUGCGCGGCCUGGACACCAUCAACGCCAUGGGGCAAGUCGCGUCCGCGCUCACCGAACCCUCCGCCGGGGACCAAAAAACCCUCAACACCGCCCUCACCCUCAAGCUCCCCGGCGCCAGCCACUCCACCUCCAUCGCCGAGUUCUCCUACCACGCCUCCCUCACCUCCGCCCACACCGACUUCGCCUCGUGGUCCGCCCUCUUCGGCCCGGACACCUACGCCGGCGACACCUUCACGCGGCUCCUCCGCGCCAACCUCUCCGCCCCCGCGCUCUCCAACCUCGUCGUCAGCGGCUACGGCUCGCUCGCCAACGUCCCGCCGCAGCCGUUCGCGGCGGACAACAUCGUCCUCCUGCUCGACGGCGCGUGCGCGAGCACCUGCGCCGUCUUCGCGGAAAUGAUGCGCACGCAGGCGGGCGUGCGCAGCGUCGUCGUCGGCGGGCGGCCGGCCAACACCGGUCCCGCGGUGGGAGUCGGCGGGACGAAAGGCGCGGAGACGCUGCACUUCGACCAAGUCGCUGACAAGGCGGGCGCGGUGCGGGCGCUGCUGGACAACUCGGACGCGGAUGAUAGCACGUGGCAGCGGUGGAGCGACGUGCUGGGCAGCGCGGGGGUGGAUGGGUUGGCGAAUUCGUCGACCGUUAGGCGGAGGACGGCGAAGGAUGGAGGGUCGUUGAACGCGCAGAUUAACUACAGGAAUAACUAUAGGCAGGGAGACGACAGUGGGGUGCCGCUGCAGUUUGUGAGGGAUUAUGCGGAUUGCAGGCUAUGGUAUACGGUGCCGAUGAUUUACAGCCCCGUGCCGCUGUGGGAGAAGGUGGUGGAUGCGAUGUGGUUGGAUGGGGAUCAGGCUGGGUGUGUGGCGGGCUCGACGGGGCAUGCGCAGGCGUCGGAGGCGGUUGGGAAGGGGUAUACUGCUGAUGCUGUCAAGACCAGCGCGGCGGCGGCGUCAGACCGGGGCUGGUCUGGGGUUGCGGCGGUUGUGGCUUGCGGGGUUGCGGUUGUGAUGGGGGUGUUGUAG